GGACUGUACAAGCAUAUCGCACGAUAGGAACGCGUCUCCGCCGUGACCUUGCAGACCAAACCCUGCACCUUUGCAAUCGAACAACGAGAGUUAUACACAGUAGAUGACGCGAUGAUUUGUUGCUAGUAGCUGCUAUACAUGACAUCCUGCUGACUUAGGGCGCCACAUUAAUCAGCGGUGGGCGCAGAACAUCGGCGCAGUCAACAGCCAUGUCUCUGGAGAUUGAGGCAACUGAUGUUAUCAAGAUCAUCCUACAGUUCUGUAAGGAGAAUGGUCUGACGGAAUCGUUUAAUGCAAUCCAGAACGAAUGCCAGGUGUCGCUUAAUACUGUGGACAGCGUUGAGAACUUUAUAUCAGACAUCAACAAUGGCCGCUGGGAUGCUGUGCUGCCCCAAGUGGCGCAGCUCAAGCUCCCUCGCGCCAAGCUGGAGGACCUGUACGAGCAGAUUGUGCUGGAGCUGUUUGAGCUGCGGGAAAUCGACACGGCGCGAGCCAUGCUGCGGCAAACACAGGUGUUUCAGCGCAUGAAGCUGGACGAUCCGGAGCGCUACAUGCGGCUGGAGCACCUGGCCUCGCGCACCUACUUUGACGUGCGGGAGGUGUACGGCAGCGGCGGCAGCAAGGAGAAGCGGAGAGCGGCGCUGGCGCAUUCACUCAGCCAGGAGGUUGUGAUGGUGCCGCCCAGCCGCAUGAUGGCACUCAUCGGACAGGCGCUCAAGUGGCAGCAGAGUCAGGGCCUGCUGCCCCCCGGCACCGCAUUCGACCUCUUCCGCGGCACUGUGCAGAGCGCCCGGGACGAGGUGGAGGCGCACCCCACCGUGCCAGACCACGAGGUGCGCUUCUCCGCCAAGAGCCACCCCGAGGUGGCGCGCUUCUCGCCGGACGGCUCCAUGCUGGUCACCGGCAGCGUGGACGGAUUCAUUGAGGUUUGGGACAGCGUGACGGGGCGACUGAAGAAGGACCUGUCGUACCAGGCGGAGGAGAUGUUCAUGAUGCACGACGAGGCGGUGCUGUGCCUGGGCUUCAGCAGGGACAGCGAGAUGCUGGUGUCGGGCUCCCAAGACGGGCGCAUCAAGGUGUGGAAGAUCCGCACGGGUCAGUGCCUGCGCCGCUUCGACCGUGCGCACAGCCAGGGCGUCACCUGCGUCAGCCUGUCCAAGGAUGGCACGCAGGUCCUCAGCGGCUCCUUCGACGGCACAGUCCGCGUGCACGGCCUCAAGAGCGGCAAGAUGCUCAAGGAGAUGCGCGGCCACACCUCGUACGUCAAUGACGUCACCUGGGGCGCUGAUGGCAGCCAGGUCAUGAGCGCCUCCUCGGACGCCACGGUGCGCAUCUGGGACGCCAAGACGUGCGAGUGCCUGCAGGCCUUCAGGCCGCCGCAGACGUCCACUUCGGGCGAUGUGGCCAUCAACAGCGUGCACCUCUUCCCCGCCAACCAGGACCAGCUGGUGGUGUGCAACCGCACCUCCACCGUCUUCAUCAUGACCCUGCAGGGCCAGGUGGUGAAGAGCUUUAGCAGCGGCAAGCGUGAGGGUGGCGAGUUCCUGGCCUGUGUUCCCUCCCCGCGUGGCGAGUUCAUCUACUGCCUGGGCGAGGAUGGCAUCCUGUACUGCUUCAGCGUCACCAGCGGCAAGCUGGAGCACGUCAUGACGGUCCACGACAAGUCACCCAUUGGACUGGCCCACCACCCGCACCGAAACGUGCUGGCUACGUACGCUGGGGAGGGGCCGUUGCGGACAUGGAAGGCAUAGAGAGGCGACGAGACGUUGUAACACACUGUUACACAGCGCAGUUUUCCUGUAACUGUCUGGAG